AUGGCGAUUGAUCAACAUCAGCGGAGUGUGUGUUUCCAGUUUCUUUCCAGAUUUUUUCGUGAAACAUUCGUAGGUGUAGUACCUUGGAAUGCUUGUGACAAGAUAAGAAGUAAUAAUAGUUCUGUUGCAACAGCCUUUCGGUGCCUAACUGCUAUGCCGUCUAAAGGAAGCACAAGGGCUGGGAUAGUGCCAGGUUGCCCAAGCCUAGACAGGGGAAGUCAAAGGCAGAGGUCGGGUUCGAACCACGGACCUUCCGAUGCCUCACGGUUUGCACGAGGUGGACAGCACAUGACUUGGCAGAAAGGCGUCAAAGAGAGAGAUGAGAGUUUGGGUGUUGUUGGUGUUGUACGCCUCCCAGGAUGGGGUCCCCGUGACCCCGUCUGUGCUUGGCUGGAGACUUUGCAAGAAAUGGCGGCUAAUGGA